GGAACUGACUGCACAUCACAAAGGAUAUUUUGAAUUUAGGCUUUGUCCAUGGAACAAUGUUGCUGUACCUAUUACACACGAAUGCUUAGAUCAGUAUGUCUUGGCAAAUAAUAAAGGUAGUACUCAAUGGAUGGUUCCAACUUCUACAGGUGGCAGUUCGCAAUACUUUGAUGUUACGCUGAAGUUACCGGAGGAAAUCGAAUGCGACCAGUGCGUUCUACAGUGGAAGUACAAAGCAGGGAACACCUGGAAUUGCGAUAGUGACGGCGAAUGUUGUUCAGGAUGUGGACCACAAGAAGAAUUUUAUGGUUGUGCUGACAUAGCUAUUGGAACAGGGGCCACUUUUCCUCCUCCUGGAUUCACGAAUUCUACUCAAACUGCUAAGACUACAACAACAAAGAAUCCAAGCACUACUACUCAGUCAAUACUAACAACAACAACAACAACAACAGCCGUACUGACCACUGCGAGUCCAAUAGUCACAACUGAAGACGGUUCUACAUCAGGAGCUUGUCCUGGAGGAGAACCUGGGGAACAGUACUUGUAUACUUGCGAGUCAUUCUACAUUUGUGACGGAUCAAAUCAAGUGAUAUACAACUGUCCUCCCGGUACUGUUUUCAAUGAAGAAUCAAGUUUAUGCGACUAUUCUUUUAAUUCACCGCCUCCAUGUGGAACAAAAACCACAUGA